AGGGCUCGGAGCCCGGCCUAGCAGCGGCGGCGGCGCCCGCGGGCCGGGGCGGGGGAAGGGGCGGCGGCGCCCCCAGCGGCUCCGCGCCCGCCCGGCCGCCGGCGCCGGGCUCGGGCCGCCCCGGCCCCCCGCGGCGGAGGAUGGCCGAGGACUCGCCCAAGCGGCGCAAGGCGAAUUUCAACGAGGCGGAGACGGAGGUGCUGAUCGAGCAGGUGCUGAAGCACGAGCAGCUGCUCUUCGCGGCGGGGCCGGGCCGCGCCUCCCCGGGCCAGAAGCGGAAGGUGUGGGAGCUGAUCCGGCACAAGGUGAACCCGGUGGCCGCCUGCCCCCGCGACGUGGAGGACCUGAAGAAGCGCUGGCGGGACCUGAAGCGCCGCGACCGCAGCAAGCUCUGCCGCCUCUCGCAGGGCUGCGGGCCGCCCGGCCCCCCCGCCCUCGGCCUCCUGCUGGCCCCCGAGGAGAUGCCGCCCGCCGUCGCGCCGCCCGGCCGCCGCCACCACCUGCACCACCACCACCGCGCCUACGGCUCCCUGCUGCCCGCCGAGGCCGUGCCCAUCGUGGGCGGCAUCGACACGCUGGAGCUGCCCGGCGCCGUCGUGGGGGAGAUGGGGUUUAAUGAUGAUCCUGGAACAUCUCAUCAAUCCAGUCUUGAGAAGAUGAACCUCAAAGAAGAGAUAGUAGUGAAGGUGGUAGAGCCAGAAGAAAGCUCUGAGGACAUGGCAGUGGUUCCACCUAGCCAAGAACAACUGCCUUUUCUGGGGACAUCUGGUGGUGGUUCCUCUGGGAAAGUAAAAGCCAAAACAAAAGGCAGAUCCCAGGCAGACCAAAAUGAAAUAACUGAAGAGGACCUAGUGCAGAUUCAGCAGACCCAGAUGCAGGUGAUCCAGUCUGGCUUUGACAGUGUCAACCACAAUCUUCGGCUGCUGCAGCAAGGCAUGCAAGAUCUGAGUAACAGCCUCAGCAUCAUGGCGCAUACGCUUGUUGCUAUCAAAAACGUCUACGUGAAAAACAACACUGGCCCGACGACGUAUGCCACUGCCUCUACUCAAACCACGGCUGGGUACCUGAGCCCAGGCUCCCCCCAGGUCUCUUCUGCUGAGGACAGAGGUAGAGUGCAGGUGGCUGGAAGCAGCAGCAGAAGCAGCAGCUGCAGCUCCAGCUCCAUGUCACAAGAACCAGGUCCUUCAGAGUUUCCUAGGCCCCCCCUGAGAACCAUUAAGAAAGAACAUCCAAAUGGCUGCUACUACUUCUGCUUUGCAGAUGUGUAAAAACUUGAAUAUAUGUAAAGUGACUGUGGUGUUAGGUGCUGUUGUAUGUUCUGCUCCGGCCUGUGAUUUCAAAGGAGCAAAGUGGACUUGCCUCCCACAUUUUUCCCAGUGGGAAACAUUUUGCUAUAGGUGGCAUUAAACACUAAUUACCAGUCUAUUGUUUGUUAACUCUGUGCAGUUGGCUAAUAAUUUUCUUCUGUUUUCUUUAUCCUCUCAUUCUCUUAAAAAAACAAACAAAAAAACCCAGAUUUAUUUUGACUAAGACUGUUGUCUGUAUCAUCCUUUGUUUAAUGUGACCUUUUGAAAAAUAAAAGGCAUGAGUGGGGUAAAAAAAGUAACAUUAUGGUUACUGACCAGCAGGAGCUGUCUUACACAAGUUGCUUAUACAAACCUCAGAAGUAGUUGAUUUUUUUUAAGUACUAGUUUUUCCAAUAAUUAUAAUGUUGGGGGUGUUUGCUUGGUGGUGUUUUUAUGUUUUAAGCCUGCGCUGUGCAAGGCAUCACAGGAAGAGUGACGUACCUGCUUACUUUAGGAAUGGUUUAGGACCGAGCUGUUGAUUCAAUUAUGAAUGUACUCAGAAUUCAUACAGCACUGUUGCACUUGGCUAUUGUUCAUUCCCAGCUUGUCAAAUGCACCUUCUUCACAGAGGUAUUUUGUUUUACUGCACUAGCAGGGUAGGCUCGCUCUUGUCACAAGAUUAAAAUAGAGAAAUACAGCAAAAAAUAGUAA